AUGGAAACAGUUCACAGGUUUACCGCCACAAAAUCACAAUACAUACGCAAGUUGGCAAGCUGGAAGAUUAAAAAGAACGCCACCUCGAUUGACUGGAAAAAGGCCGCCAUAAUUAUCGACAAGCGCAAGCGACAGGGCAAAGAGUCUGAAAUCUAUGUCGAUGGGAAACUGAUCCCUUCCAAGAAGAUGAAGAAGGAGACAGCAAGACAUUGGCCUUCUUAUCUAGAGAGUAUUGAGAUGUCAGCCCAUGAAAUAGAUCUGCCGGGAGAUUUUGUCGUUCAGACUCCACCAGCGACAACGCUUCAUCCCAUACAACCUCAUCGAUCAUCCUUCGCAGGGCCUGGUUUUGACAAUGUCCCGAUGGACCUUCUGACAAAUUUGCUCGUCGGAACCCAUGAUUCUACAACAAUUGCAACUGCAUCCCAGAUGCUUCAGCAUUAUGAUAGAAUAUUACCAUUGAAUCUAAGCGACAGAUUUCCGACGGCAGAUAACUCUCUGGGAGACGAAUCUUGGACUUAUUUCAUCCUUUGUCUUGCUUACCUCGCCUCGAAUAAUCUUCUCGAAAGCAAACAGAUUGGAGGCAUCCUUGAGUGGAUCGACAGCACAAAGAACGCCCAAUUAAUACAAGCUCUCCUUCAAUUGAAGGGUCCAACAAUCGAAUCCUGUGCCUCUGUUUUGUUUUCGGAAGCGGUUUGCAAUGGACCAGCCAGUAUAGUUCAGUUUUUCCUCCUGAAUGAGUAUGACCCAAAUACUCGAAUCCAUCAUCACUCUCUUGAGAUUGGAUCCACUGGACUGGAGAUUGCGAUCAUAAUGGGAAAUAAUUCAGUGAUAAGACUCCUCUUAAAACAUGGAGCUGAUCCAAACAAAUGUGGAGAUCGCCCACUUCACCCUGUUAUCCAGAAUGGAAACGAUGCUAACGAUAGCCUAUACAUUGCGAGUUACGGAAGCUUGUUAGCCUUAUAUAUUGACUACGAUUGUGACGAGGAUAUUAUCCAAUUGUUCCUUGAUGCCGGGGCAAACAUCGAUGGUGAAUCAGCUGGGCUAGUCAUGAAUGGAGAUGACGAGAAAGAUUAUUAUUUUAUCAACUAUGACAAUUCUCCUGAGGGUGUACCGCUUGUGAAAGCCGCUUACAGGGGUAAUACCCAAGUAGCACAAUUCCUACUUGAAGCAGGCGCGAAUGUAGAUCAGGUCGAUAUAAAGUGGGGAUCAGCGAUUCAAACUGCCGUCAAAAAUGGUGACAUGGAUAUGGCCGAACUGUUAGUCGAGGCUGGGGCGGAUAUCAACCUCAGCAAGGAACCAUAUAGCCACGCAUGGUUUUUCGAUGGCCCAGGACAUGUCCCAAUGAGGCUUUUUUCUCCGCUCCAGUUAGCGACAAGGGCCAGGAACUUUGAUAUGGUCCAGUAUUUGCUUCGAUGUAACGCUGAUACAAAUGGUCUUCCCGCUCUGGAUAUCAUUGAGAAGGCCCCCUAUGCAGAAGAUAUGGUUUGGGGGGAUUAUGAGACCCCGCUUAGUUAUGCUGUUCUUGAAAGCGACCUGGACAUUGCCACGCUACUUCUGGACUCAGGCGCAGACCCUAACGCCGUUUCCUUACAUGGACAUACAGCGCUUGGGGCUGCAUGCAGAGAAGAGAACCUUUGGCAGCCAGAUAUGGUGAAGUUGCUCCUGGACAAUGGGGCAGAGCCUCAAUGUCACCUGGGCCCAGAGCUACAGCUUGCAAUUCUCCACGGGGAUCUGAUCUUGGUUGACGAUUUGCUCCAAAAGGGAGUGGAUAUCAACGCUCCUCCAUAUUUCAAAGGAAAGAGAACUGCAUUACAAGCUGCAGCAGAAACCGGAAAUGCCUCGCUCUUUAAUUAUCUUUUAUUUUUGGGCGCAGACUUCAAUUCGCCUGGCGCCGGCGAGAAAAUCCUGUCAUGUCUACAGGCUGCCAUGCUUUCGGGAAAUGAUGAGAUUAUCAAGAUGAUCUUAAAGUAUGGCGGAGCUGCAACGGCGGAAUCCAUAUUAUGCGCCGUCAAGAUACGUUCUUCCAAGAUGAUAGACCUUCUGAUGGGGCUGGGGGCGGAUGUGAACACGCCCGGUAUCGCUGACUUAAGUCUAGACUUCGGGCCCCAGCUUGUAACACCUCUUGUCUUGGCUAUAGACGCCAAAGAUUUCGAUAUGGUCCAUACGCUUCUACGGUCAGGGGCUAACGUGUCCCAUAUAUACUGUGAAUCUGAGUCAAUUUUACCUUUGCACCAGGCUAUUCGUGCGCGCGAUUUGCGUAUCACGAGAACAUUGCUCUCACAUGGAUCUGACCCCAACCAAGUCGAACCAUUUUCUGGAGAGACCGGCCUUGGCACGGCCACAAGCUCCUGUGUUAAUUACUGGAGCCAUCCAAUAUCAUUUGAUGAGAAGCGGCUGGAUCUCAAGUCGAUGACCGCCAUCAUUCGUGAGCUGAUAGAUCACAAGGCGGAUGUUAACCUGAUGACCAAAGGGAGGUACCUACUCGAAGACGUGAUCAUGAACGACGAAUUGUUGAAGAUAUUUAUUGAAGCUGGAGCUGAUAUCCAUGCCCUGGGGGGUAUCUCGUUAGCAAGAGCCAUUUGUAGGGGCUCCAGCGCGACUAGAUUGUUGCUCGACUUUGGUGUUGAUCUGAAUCGCCCAGAUCAAAAGUGCGGAACACCACUUCAGGCUGCCAUCACGGUCGGGAAUUUUGGCCUGGUUUCAGAGUUGUUCGAAAGGGGCGCCGAUGUUAAUGCCGGUCUCAACAACUUGCUUGCCUAUGCUAUCGAUUUGCAACAGUUACACAUCGUUGAGCUCUUGCUUGAAAAGGGCGCGAAUACGAAUGGUAUCAGUUUGUCGAAGCAUGAUUGGUUUUGCUAUGGAAGACAAAGGCCGAGUUCCUAUGUAGGAGAUAGGACAGCGUUGGUGGCAGCGGCUGAGCAAAACAAUUUUGACCUUGUCAAGGCUCUGAUUGAACGAGGAGCGAACGUGGAAGCAGACAACGCGCAACGAGGCUCCAGUCCACUUCAAGCGGCAUCGAUCAAUGACAACUUACCGAUGGUUCGGUUGUUGCUUGAGAAUGGUGCAGAGGUAAAUGCCAAGCCACGAGGCUCUAGGCUUGAUGAAACGUCUACGUCCUCGAAAGUCUGGAGCUCUGGCCGUAGGACUGCGCUUCAAGCUGCGAGCGAGAAUCGGAAUUUACAAUUGGCUAAACUUCUUAUUGAAAGAGGCGCAAAAGUCAACAUGAAACCUUAUGAGGACGAGGGAGCAACAGGUCUGCAGCUUGCUGCUAAAAAUGGGGAUAUCCAAAUGGCUGUACUCCUUCUUGAGCAUGGGGCAGAUAUCAAUGGCCCUAGGGCUUCUCGAAAUGGCCGAACAGCCCUUGAGGGAGCAGCAGAGCAUGGCCGGCUUGAUAUGGUUCACCUCUUGUUGCAGAAUGACCAGGAUGAGACGGAUCUUGAAGUAAGGUGUGAAGAGGCUGCCAAAUAUGCGGAGAGGAGGGGCCAUCUAAUCAUUGCGAAAAUUCUGAGCGAAUGGACACAUAGGUAA